CACGCACGCCCGACGCACACGCAUCGCACGCCUCCUUCGUCUCUUCGCAGACGUCGCGCCGCCUUCUCACAUCCUCCCGUCUCAUCCUCGACGCUCACGCGCGCCAUGUUCUCCGUCGCCGCAUCCUCCGCAUCGAUCGUUCCGCAUCGGGUGUCAGUUCGCGGGCCCGCCCCGCGCGCGACCCGAGGCGCGUUCCACGUCGUCGCGGGCACCGGCAAGGGGUUCCAACAUCAGACGCACCACAAGGACACGAGGCAGGAGAUCAACUACGAGAAGAUGAUCCCGGGAUACGCGGAGAUGUCCAGGCCGCAGAAGUUCCGCGCGCGUCGCAGCGUCAAGCAGAUGAUCAACAAGAUGGAGAACGACCAAGCGCAGAAAUCCGCGGUGAGGAACACGUCGGAUUUCGCGAAGAAAGUCUACGCCGCGUUCAACGAUUGCGUCGCGCGGUGCGAAGGCCCCGACUGCGUCAACGAGUGCAAGGUCGAGUGGGGGAUGGAUCAAUAAAAAUCGAUCGAUCGAUCGAUCGAACGCUUCUCGGCCGUCGUGAACGCGGACACGAGAGACGCGAGGGACGCGCUGCUUCAUGUGCACGUCUGUGCUUCGGACGACGCGUGUAAGUUACUAAUAAUCAUCUGAGAACGAAGAGAAAAA